ACUUCCUUUUUUUACAUCAUUAUCCGCCGUUCUGCUUUGUGCUUUCGCGUCUCUAGUGCGAGUUUUUACUGACGAACUUUUGUGUUUAAUAUAAAAAAAACAUGGAAAAUCCCGAGCAUUAUUCUGCGUACCUGUACUUCCCCACGGGCACCACCGGCACCGAAAUGGUACCGCAGGACUGCUGGGGCGCCUCGCCCUCCUCGAGUUACGAGAGUUUCAGCGACGAGGGAUUCUCGCAGACCGCGGGGGGCAGCCCCGAAGGGAAAUCGACCUCCAGGGGGCGAGUUUCGCCCCAAGUGUUGAGGAGGAGGCGGUUGGCGGCGAACGCGAGGGAGCGCCGAAGGAUGCAGAACCUGAACCAGGCCUUCGAUCGGCUCAGAACGUUUUUACCGCAACUGGGCCAGGACCGACAGCUCAGCAAGUUCGAGACCCUACAGAUGGCUCAGACUUACAUUGCCGCCCUCUAUGACUUGCUGGAUCAUACGCCGAAUGGCUCAAGAUAAGUGUACGUUCGUAAGAAAUUGUUUGUUUGUUUGUUUGUUUUAUAUGCCAAAGAUGAUAAUGUUUUUUUUAUGUCAGUGUUAUGUAGUAUAGAUUUUUUCCGUCCUCACUGUAUAUAGUGUUAGAAGAUAAGUGUUACCUAUAUAUUUACAUAAUAUAGUCUAGGAGCCAUAAUGUCAAUCUUUGCCAUAAAAAGUAUUACUAUGUAGAGGAAAGAAACAGUAUUAAUUCAAUAGUGUUUAUAGGCUUAAGUGGAUAUUUAUUAAUUGUAUAUUUUAUGGA